GUAACGGAAGAGCCGCUCUAGGCCUAGAGCGAAAACGUUUCUUUGUGCCGCACCCUGAAGGGGCCGGAGCGGAAGUCGGACGCCGGGCAGCGGUAACUUGGUAACGUUGGACGAGGAGGUCUGCUGGUGGGACCUGUAUGGGAAAGCCGGUCUGCUGCUGGCCCUCGUCGUGCCCAUUGAGACUGGGGAGGAGGAAGGGGCGAGCUGGUAGGAGCCGGACCUCUGCGGCCUCCACCUGCCGGGCAUAAGGAGAGGACACCCCUGACUCGUCCCUCUUCCCCCUCCCCUGCCGCCCUCCGGCUCCAUAGGGUAAAGCGGAAAGGAAGGGAAACUGAUCUUUCUUCGAUCACCAGGCCUUGGUCCCGGCUUUGCUUGCCAGGGCUGGGGAGUUGAGAGAAAAAGAACUCAAAGGUUUAGAUAAAUGUUUGGACGCCUUCGCUGUGUGAAAAAUCUAAGCAGUGGUGGACUUCAGUUUCCAUUGUGCUUGCUUGUGGAACUCCCUGCUUUCCGGAAGUAAUUAUGAUCAGUACGGUAGUACUACUCACACCUAGUCCUAUGCAGGCUUACUCAGAGUUGAGCCCGAGACAGCACCCAUUCCAUAAGUGAUCUAAGAAUUCUGAGGAUGAUGGAUUCCUCUGGCAACUCGAUUGCGGGAGAUGAUACUUCCUGCCAAGAUUCUGGCACUUUGGAACCCAAGCUGAUGUCAUUUUAUGCAGAGAUAGCUCCUGGACUGGCAGGCGCAUUGCUUGUUUCCAGCAAUUCCAGCUCCAGGAAAAGAAAGAAUUCUCACUCUGGGAAUGGAAUACUUGCAGAGCAGGAUAAAAUUGCCAUGGCCAGCUGUACAAAAGGGCAACAUGGCCCAUCUCCCCGAAGAAAGGAAGAUGAGGAAAUGGCCUGCUGGCAGCCAGGGUCCACCACCCCCGUUGUUGCUCUUUCUCAGACAGUGUUAAGUCCUAAGAAACGAAAGCUGGUUCUGCAUAUUGACUUGAACAACACCAUCCUAGUGUCUGAUGCAACCACCAAUCAAGACCCCAAAGCUGCUUUAAACUAUUACUUGAGUACUGUGACAUGGGGGAAAAUCAGUCCUGCUGGUGAGUGGCAGUGGCUGAGCGACUCCCCCUCGUUGCUCCCGCCCUGCCAGGAUGCUGUGAAUUUUUACACCCAGUAUGGCCGCAACACCAAAUUCACCAGCACACCCCUGGGGCGGCGUUUCCGAGACCUUCAUGCACGCCACCUGAAGCUGCUGGAAUGGCAAGGCCAACCUCACCCAGUGCUCUCCAUCACAGGUGAGCAGGCCAAGCACUACCACUUAGUGCUGCCUUCCUUCUUCUACCUCCUGGAGAGCCUGCACCGGGAAGGGAGGCAGUUUGCUAUCAUCUUCCGCACCUUCGGGACAGACCUGCCUCGCGUCCUGCAGGCGGUGCAGUGCGCCCUGGAGGGGCAACACCCCCGUUUCCCUACUCUACAGGACAUCUCGCUGCCUGUAGACCUCAGCCCUGGAACAAUACGUUGCAGCCAGCGAAAAGUGGUGCUGAUGCAGGGAGCGGAGCAGCUGUCCACCAGGGAUGGCGCCAGGAAAAUGUACAUGUACUUCAGCUCCAGGGAAGGCCUUUGUGGCUUCCAGGACCACUUUGACUGGUGGGCAACAAAUCAGUUCUCUAGCAAAGGUGGAAAACCCCUUUGGAUCGACCCUCACGAUGCAACUACCCACCACAUCUGUAUCGAUGACAACAUUCGACUGAAUGAUUUUGAUACCAUUAUCCAUCCUCAGGUCUUCUCAGAGAAAAGAAGCAGCUGUCCCCGGACGACCCCCACCUCCGAGCUGUAUGAUAUUUGUCUGGUACAAACAGACCUCCUGGAGGCCAUUGCCGAUGAGAGCUAUUUCUGCCAUUGUAUAAGACGGUGUGAGGACAACUAUGAGCGCUACUUGGCCAGUGCUGGUUAUUGCACCUAGUGGAGUUGACUUAGGAGUCCCUUCAGAAGAGUCUCGGGGGCUCUUUGCAAUCCCCUUGUGUGGUGUGGUGCUCGCAAAAGGGGAAGAAAGUCGCAAUUUUCAGCUUUAUUUCCCAGCUGGGCUAUUUCUUGCAUGUACCCCAAAGGAGCUGGUGUCCUUGCUUUAACCCCUCCCACAUGGUGCUGUGUGCAGGAAAUUCCAAGAACCCCUCUGGAACUGUCAGCACUUUGAGAAAGCACAGCAUUCUCUGGUGCUCUGUAAUCGGAGUUUCUGAACAGAGGCUGUUUCCUCUUAUUUAAUAUUUGUUGACUGAGAACAAAGAUGGUGGUGAGGGGGGGAGCACACAGAACUUUCUUGCUACGUAGAUAGCUGAUCUUGGCCUCAAGGAGCUUGAGUCAAUCUGUGAAGCAUCCUGCAUUGCGCUUGGCCACGGUGUGGGGAAACUGGUGGUCUGUUGUGCAGCACAUCUUCCAGACAUUAAAAUCAGCUCCAGCUGCUCUUGUUUGUACACUGGCUGAUGCCUGCUAACCUCAGCACAUGGAGCAUGGUGCUAGGUGGGAGAAGCUUCAGGGAUAAAGGCCUAUUUCUGGGUUAGCCAAGGAAGUGGGGUUAGAUAAGGUUCAAAGACCCAUGACUUAUAGCGCAUUUUCCUUCUCUUCCUGUACAUAAGCACAGCCACUGCAAAGCCAUCUAGUUCCACUGGCUUCCAAAACUUUUGAUUGCACAAAAAUAAGAACUCUGAUAAAGUACAACUGUGCUUCUCAAUUCCUUUCUGCAUAGUGGUCUGCACACAUAAAGAGGCACUUCCCUAGCAAGAGGCACAGUGUCAUUACACUGGAAGGGCUCUGACUUCUAAACUUUUGCUUGCUAAUCAGCCUUCUUCCUUUUGCAUGGGAGAAGGUCUCCUUAAAUGCCCCAUCCACUCGGAGAAACUCUUCUUAAAGCCCUCCCUUGCAUCCCCCAGAGAGCAGAAUUAAGGCUGCUGUUGCUCUUUGUAGAGCAAUCUCUUUAUAGAGUUUUUGUUCACAGGGUUCCUCCCCACCCAGCUCUGCCUUUUGUUGCUAGUGUGAGCUGUUGUUUGUGAGAAUAGCUUUACCUAUUCAGCAGCAGGGAGGCUGAGCCUUGCUUCCUGGCCAGAGAUCAGCAGAAAGCAGACUGUGGAUCAGCAUCGGUGAGCCUUUAUCCCUAAUCAGUUCCUUGCCUUUUAAGGUUAUAUUUCCACUUUGGAGAGCAGCUGGACAAAUGUGAUAGAAAGUGGGAAGGAUUGUGUUGUAACAUUAAAAUCAGGAAUGCUGUGGCACAACACAGAGAACGCCUGUUAUCAGACCAGCAGAUUAUGUAAAUAUAUAUCAUGUCGCAUCCCUUUGGCUCAGGGCAGUUGUAGAAUGCUAGAAAGCUAAGAAUAUCUCCCUAUGCUAGAUAUGCAACUGCAGUAACCCCAUGGGCACUGGCUGUCUCACAUUGUCUCUGGAAGGCAAUCAUGACUUCAGAAGGAUUAAAACAAGUUCAUGGAAGAUCUCUUAGCCAUAAUAGUGAAACUGAGUCUCAGUGUUCAGAGAUAACAUAGCUCUGAAUACCAGAUGGUGGAAGUAUAUGGAGGAGGGCUGUUGGUUCAUGCCUUGUUUCUGUACUCACCAGAGGCAUCCAUCUUAUUAUUGUUGGAAACAGGAUGCUAGUCUAGAUGGAUCUGUGGUUGAACCAGCAGGGCUUGUAUUCUUUGGUGGCCCUCUGGAAGGAGAGGGUUCUGGAACCUGGAGGCCCUCUCUGUAUACUCUUCCCUUCAUACUUGAUGCCCAGGGAACACAGCUGAGGAAUUGUAAAUGCAGCACAGGGGAAGGGGUGGUCCCUGAAAUAUAGACCUAAGCAAUGUGCCCUAUGCCAAAGGUAUCCAUAGCCCAGGGGAAUGUGGAGAACACAUCAUUUGGAAAGCUUUCAACAAGUCAUGAGGACCAGCAUGGUCCUGAGGAGGAGGAUUUCAGUUUUAUCUCAGAUCUGGGCCUGUUCACACACCCAUGCUUGGGGUUGGCAUAUUGAAAAUGGGAGCUGGGUGGAUCUGUACAGAUCUGAUGCAUGUCAGAGCAGUUGUGGGGUUGCUUCACCACACUUCUGGCUCACAGUUUCACCCACUUACUUUAGUAGUAGUCUAGGUGUAUGGAAAUAGGCCAAAUUUGCCCAUAGGGCAAACCUGUCCAGAUUCACACAACUUUGGUCAUGUAAACUGGCCCUCUUUGAGCAGGCUUCAACUAUGGAUGGGAGGUUUAAUUGUCCAUCUCAUGAGGGUGUUGCAGGAAUGACCAAGACUGAUGCUUGGUGAUGUAGAGCAAUUUGCACAUUCAGAAAAUGUCAUGUAAAUGAUGCUUAAUGAUGGUUGGUUUGUUUAAACAUUUAUAUUUCACCA